UGGUGGGCAGCGCGCAGGAAGCGCCAUGGCCUCGGACGUGGACGUCGAGAUGCAGGCCAUGAGGGCCCACCGCCCGGGCUCGCCCCGCACCCCGCGGGCGGCCAGCUGGCCCGCGUCGAGGCCCGCGCGCAGGCCGCGCCCCCCGCGGCCGCGGAGAUCGAAUUCGACCCGCAGCGGGCGCUACCACAGCUCACAGCGGAGGCUCCGGCGAAGAGCUGUCCUCAAGAAUGGCGAGUGCAACGUGCUGCAGAGCAAGAUAUCCAACAUGAACCUGCGCUUCCUGCAGGACAUCUUCACGACCCUGGUGGACGUGCAGUGGCGGUGGACGCUGCUCGUCUUCUCGCUGUCCUUCUUCCUGUCCUGGCUCACGUUCGCGCUCAUCUGGUGGCUCAUCGCCUUCACGCACGGCGACCUGGAGCCGGAGCACCUGCCCGAGCGCCAGGAGGAGUCUAAGUGGUCGCCGUGCGUCGACAACAUCCACGACUUCGGCUCGUGCUUCCUGUUCUCCGUCGAGACGCAGCACACGAUCGGCUACGGCGGCCGCGCCACCACCGAGGAGUGCCCCGAGGCCAUCUUCGUCAUGUGCCUGCAGAGCAUCGUCGGCGUCAUGAUCCAGGCCUUCAUGACGGGCAUCGUGUUCGCCAAGCUGUCGCGGCCCAAGAAGCGCACGCAGACGCUGCUCUUCUCCAGGCAGGCCGUCAUCUGCGUCCGGGACGGCGAGCUGUGCCUCAUGUUCCGCGUCGGAGAUAUGCGCAAGUCGCACAUCGUGGGCGCCAGCAUCCGCGCGCAGCUCAUACGCACCAAGACCACGCAGGAGGGCGAGACCCUGGCGCCGUUCCAGCACGAGCUGACCCUCUCCGCUGACGACUGUGGGUCCGACCUGUUCUUCAUCUGGCCGACCGUGGUGGUGCACAAGAUAGACAGCUCCAGCCCCCUGUGGAACAUGUCGGCCGUCGACAUGAUGCACGAAAAGUUCGAGAUCGUCGCCAUCCUGGAGGGCACGAUCGAGACGACGUCGCAGACGACGCAGGCGCGGUCCUCGUACCUGCCCGUCGAGAUCCUCUGGGGCCACCGCUUCGCGCCCAUGGUGACCUACUGCCGGGAACGGCACGGCUACCAGGUGGACUACAGCCUCUUCCACUGCACCACGCCCGUGGACACGCCGCUGUGCUCCGCCAUGGACCUGGCCGCCUUCCACCGCCACCACGCCGGGCUGCCAAACGCCGACGUGAACGGCGACGUUCCUCGGGCGGGAGCGGACAUCCACAACAUGAUGGCCGUGGCGCUGCCCAAUGCCCACAAUCUGGUCAGCCUCUGAGCCGAGGCGGAUGUUUCGCGGAGCGUGGAGUAGCGACGGACGCGCCGGUGAAAGGCUGUGCCUGUGCGGGGUAUCGACGCGGCGGGCCCGCUUCGGACUAAAAGGAGAGAGGGAGACAGACUGGACGUUUCGAACGACAUUUUCUUCCCGAGAGACGACGGUUGAUCCCUACUUUUAGGGAUGAUGGUGAUGUGAUUUGCAUUCUGAGGUUGAGCUGCCCGCAAGAAGAAGCCAUGCUGAUAUUUUCUUUUUGCAUAUGUGAUACUGUAGUUCCCCCAUACUGCCAUAAUGACUUUGGUUGAGAGGGACCAACGUUGUGUCAAUUGAAUUGUUUCUGAUAUAAAAAUGCAAACAGCAUUUUUCAACCAUUGAUAUUUUACCGCACAAACGAACUAAUUUUUACAGAAUUUAGACAGCAAAACAUGUUUUUCAGUAAUUAACAUGAGUGUAUAUUUUAAGGGGUCUCUGUAGAUCCGCGAAGCUCAGAAUAAUUUGAGCUGUUGUGGGGACCAAUUUUAAUUAUACUAAGCGAGCAGUAAAGACAAUUUGAGAGGCAAUUA